GGAGAAGUAAACAAUGUACACUAGUUUUUCCAAAUUUAGAUUGCACAUCGUAUUGCACAGCGGAAUUUCAAACAGAUUGUAAAAAUGUUACGAUUGGCACUAUUGCAAAUGUUCGUGGGUGCAGAUAAAACUGCCAAUAUAAAACGUGCUUCUGAAUUAAUUAGUCGAGCUGUAUCUGAGCAUUCACCUCACCUUGUAUGCCUUCCAGAAUGCUUUACCUCCCCUAUUGGUGCAAAAUAUUUUGGACCCUAUGCAGAAACUGUUCCAAACGGUCCAUCAUGCCAAAUGCUAUCAGAUGCUGCUAAAUCUCAUAAAAUAUGGCUUGUCGGUGGUUCUAUCCCUGAACGUGGACCUGAUGGCAAGUUAUAUAACUGUUGUGCAACAUAUAAUCCAGAUGGUGAACUAGUUGGCUUAUAUCGUAAAUUACAUUUAUUUGAUAUUGAUAUACCAGGUCAGUUUACAUUUAAAGAAUCAGCUUCACUUAGUUCUGGUAAAGAGACAUUCUCGUUUGAGAUACCUUUAAAAAAUGCCGAGAAUAAAAUUUCAGUAAUACGAGUUGGAAUUGGUAUAUGUUAUGAUAUUCGUUUUCCGGAAUUAUCACUUCUUUAUGCUAAUCAAUUAGGAUGUCAAUUACUUUUAUUCCCUGCUGCAUUCAAUCCUAAAACUGGAUCUUUACAUUGGGAAUUAUUGGGUAGAGCACGUGCUUUAGACACACAAUGUUAUGUUGGAAUGUGUAGUCCAGCCUGUAAUCUAGAAUUAGACUAUAUAAGUCAUGCUGAAUCAUUGAUCACUUCACCAUGGGGUAUAGUUAUAGCUAAAGGCGGUAAAGAGCUGGAAGCUGGUUGGUUCUCUCCCACAGCGGGCUGUUGCUGAUGAUAUUCGGCCAAUGGAUGUUGAGUAUUUUGCGUAGACAGCUAUUGAUAAAUACUUGUACCUUCUUGAUGGUGUUUGUUGUAGUUCUCCACGUUUCGGCACCGUACAAUAGAACUGCCUUGACGUUCGUAUUGAAGAUUGUGUCUUUGAUAUUGGUUGAAAGUUGUUUUGAGUCCCAUAUGUUCUUCAAUUGAAGGAAUGUGGCCCUUACUUUGCCAAUCCUCGCCUUUACGUCUGCAUCUGAACCUCCUUGUUCAUCGAUGAUGCUUCCCAGGUAAAUGAAGGAUUCUACAUCUUCCAGAGUUUCUCCAUCAAGAGUGAUUGAAUUGCUGUUCUUUGUGUUGUAUUUGAGGACCUUGGUUUUCCCCUUGAGUAUGUUGAGGCAACCUUUGCUGCACAGUACAUUUUAUUAACAGCUGACUUGAGCCCAUCUAGCUCAUCUUUAAAUGGAGGAAAUCAUAACAGCUGAUUUAGACUUUUCUGAAUUGAAAUGUGCUCGUGAAAGUAUUCCAAUCGGUCGACAACGGCGUUUAGAUAUUUAUACUACACCGAAAUUAUUUAAAAAACAAUCAUAAACAUAUUUCUCUCUUUUCUAUCGAUUACAUUCUUUGUGAUAUACUUUUGACUGUUAAUCAUUACACACUUUACAAACUUGAUUAAAUUCUGUAUUACACAUUACUUUUGUCUAUAUUAACAAAGAAUAUUCUCGAGUAAUAUUUUGACUUCAAUUGUUUAUCCUAUUCUGUGUAAUGCAUUGGUUAGUCAUGAUAAUCUAGUGACGAUAUAGUCUGUUAUGAGUCA